AUGAACAAAGCAUUCGAUUUGGCUCUGGCAAACCUUUUGCCAAGGAAAACCUUAUUUCCGGGGCCUGAUUGUGUCCGAACUCAACCACAGGAAGACACAAUAUUAAUAGAGACAUGGACUGAUUCCAAAUUGGAUCAAGCGAGCAACUCCAAUAUAUAUACUUCCACUUCACAAGCGGAAAACAUCUACAUCAAUUGGUAA